CUGGGGGGGUCAUAGUAACUGGUGGCUUUGCAUUAUUGGGGUGCACACCCCUCUCCCCUAGGAUGGUGGGAGUAUAGCGAAGUGAAGACUUAUUGUAGGCAUCAGCUUUACGUUUUUUGGGGUCCGGGCCCGGCCUCCUUAUAGCAUGGUGGGGGUCUGAGCAGGGGGUGGUAAUUUACUGUGGGGGGGACGCCACUUAGUAACCCCAAGAAGAGACCCUGAUCAUGAGAACUAAGAGCCCCGGGCAGGCUCGGUCAGCAGCGGAGAGCAGGUGUGGGCGCAGCUGAGGCACCGCUCAGCCCAGUGGGAGAUGUCGGGAAAGGGCCUGGGGGCUGCGCGGCGCAGAAGGACACGCUGCCGGAAGUGCGAGGCUUGUGUGCGCAGCGAAUGUGGGGAGUGCAACUUCUGCAAGGACAUGAAGAAGUUUGGGGGCCCCGGGCGCAUGAAGCAGUCCUGUCUGAAGAGGCAGUGUACAGCGCCCGUCCUGCCGCACACGGCCGUCUGUCUCCUCUGCGGUGACGCCGGGAAGGAAGACACUGCUCAGGAUGAUCAGAAGUUUAACCUGUCCCUCAUGGAAUGUACCAUAUGCAAUGAGAUCGUCCACCCCGGCUGUAUAAAGAUGGGUAAAGCUGAAGCCGUCAUCGACACGGAGAUCCCCAACUGCUGGGAGUGUCCGCGCUGCGUGAGGGAAGGCCGCACGUGUAAGGAUCCUUUGGACGGUUCGGGUAACCGGCGCCUGGACAACAGAGAGGGACCCGUACGGUGGAAACUGACUGACGACCAGGCCCCCGGCAGGAAGAAGCCGCCUGACGAGAACCAGGGACAUAAGAGGAAGAAGGAGAAGGAACCGGUGCAGGAGGCGGGAGUCAAGAAGAAGGUGAAAGCAGAGAAAGAGAAGAAAAUCAAGAAGGAACCGCAGACGCCUUCAGAACCGGUGCAGGUGUCCGAUCGUUCCCACCAGCGAGAGAAGAUCGAGCGCUUCAAGCAGAUGUGCCAGAUGUUGGAGCGAGCGCGGAGCAGCACCUCCAGUUCCAGCUCUGACUCGGAUUCCGAUUCUGACUCCAAGGCUUCCCGGGGAAGCAGCGACACUGGUGAAGGGGGGGAGGGGCGGUCAUCCCGGAUCAGCUUCAGCACCAGCUCCGAGGAAGACGAGGAAGGCUCAGCCACAGACGGACAAAACGGCACCAGGAACGGCAAGCAGAAAUCUCCCCGGGGAAACAGCAGGGAGAAGGAGAACCGGAGAGGAGGGGGAGGCGCAGCCGUCAGGAAAGGAACAUGUGGUCGCAACGCAGUGCAGGCCUUGUCCAGGACUCAGAUAUUGAAAAGGCCGCUAGUGCCCUCUCCACCUAAACCGCCCCCCCUCCAGCUAGAGAGACAUGUGGUACGACCCCCUCCUCACAGCCCCGAGCCAGACUCCCUGCCUUUGGACAGUGGAACGGACCAUGUAAUGCAGAGGGGGGUCUGGCUGGCAGUCUUUAGGCAUUUGGGACAAAAAGAGCUCUGCAUCUGUAUGCGGGUGUGCCGGACCUGGAACCGGUGGUGUUGUGAUCGGCAGCUGUGGACAUCGAUUGACUUGAGCAAAAGAAAAUCAAUCACUCCUCCUAUGUUGAGUGGAAUAGUCCGAAGGCAACCGGUUAGACUAGACCUCAGUUGGACCAACAUAUCAGAGAAACAGCUGACAUGGCUGAUCCACCGACUACAGGGACUGAAGGAGCUGCUUCUUGCCGGCUGCACAUGGCUGGCGGUCUCCUCUCUCUGGACCACCACAUUCCCCUCCCUGUCUUUACUUGACCUCGGCUGGGUACAAGGGAUGAAAACCUCGCACCUCCGAGAGCUGCUCUCACCCCCAAACUCAGACUGCAAAACAGCUGUGUCCGACCUGCGGGGUCGCCUGCCCUCCCUGUCAGAGCUGCGUCUGUGUGGUCUUGAAAUGGGGGACUCCGCCCUGCGCCUGCUGCUUCGUUACACUCCUCGUCUUCACCACCUGGAUCUAAGUCACUGCAUCCAUCUGACUGAUCACGGCAUCCACAUACUGACCGCAGCCACCUCCCCGCUAAGGGACAGCCUCACUCACCUCAACCUCGCAGGGUGUAAUCGACUGACGGACCAAUCUCUGGCCUUCUUCAAGCGCUGCCCCCACUUAGGACACGUCGAUCUGCGUUCCUGCCGUCUCCUCACCAGCGAGGGCUUUCAGCGUCUGCUCCAAGAUCCGCCUUCAGAAUCUGAAGGAAAACCUUUCCAGUGUGUGGAGGAGCACGUGCUGAGCCGGGAGAGCUAGCGGCGGACAUUAUGGCUCCCAGCAGAGCACUGUUGCCCCAGGCAGGGGCGUUUCUACUGUAUCUGCCUCCUUUAUCAGUCUGGGUGGGUUUUACUCCUGGAUUUUGAUAAGGAGGUUGCACUGAACCUCCCCAGCUUUUAACUAUUGUGAUGCCAGUAGGUGGCAGCAUUGAGCUGCGGUCGUAUCUGGUGUCACCGGUUAUUGGCGGGAGGAAACGGAACUUCCUACUAGCUCGGCCUCAGAACUGGGGUAUGAACACUCUGGGGGUGUUAACGUUAAGGGUACCGACAGGCAACAUGCCACAGAGACCUCUCUCCAGCCCGUCCUGGGCGUUAUCAACCCAUAAAAUCCUCCUGUUCUCCUCCGCACUGGUCACAAGGCAUGACGGGAUGGGUCACUGCACAGGAGGAGGGGCAGGGAGGUAGUUUAUACUUUGUGGGCCUGUUAGCAAAAUGUUGGGGGGGGGGGUGGGGGGUGUUGGUUUGGGAUGUGGGUACGUCUCUGCAGGACGAGAGAAAGGGAUCUCAGACGGGAUAAUGCCCGGUGGUGGAUGGGCACUGAAUGUCAUUUUAAAAAAUGGGACAAGCUUCUGGGAAACUGGGUACAGAACUGCAGGGCUUCAGGGUGCGGAGCGUCUCUCGCGGUCCCAGUCCUGCUUAUCAGGCUUCCGAUGCUCUAUCCGUAGCCUUUUUCUCAGGUUAAAGAGGCGAGUGUUCUCCGAAAACGGUUACGCCAAGUGUUACACAAAGGUGGUUAGAUCAGUCUUCUGUAUAUCCCUGCGGAGGGAUGGUUAGGGACUGAUGAGCGCCUCUGGCUGUAUUUCGGGAGGAAGGCUUUGAAGAGCAUCGCUGUGCAGCUAUGUAUUUGGCAGGGGGAGCAGAGAGAAGACUCCUCUGUCAGAUUCUGGAGGUUACCGGCACAUAUCACUCUUCUCUCCUUCCUCCCCCGCUCCUCGCCGCGGGUUGUUGCAGUUUCUACAA